UUGGGCAGAACCUGGGGACAUGGCUGACUUGGGAGCAGAUGAGGCCUCUUCCAGGUCAGAGAGUCCUGAGCAGGAUGGCCAAGGCUCUGAGGACAGAUCAUUGCUCCAGCAGAGGCUGGCCAUCAGAGAGCUCAUCGACACAGAAGUCUCCUACUUACACACGCUCCGACUCUGUGCCUCUGACAUCAGAAGCAACCUACAGCAGUUGCCACCUGGAGAUCUGGACAUACUGUUCUCAAACAUCGAUGACAUCAUCCAAGUGAGCAGCAGAUUCCUUCAGGGGCUGCAGGAGACAGCCUGCCAGGAAGGGGAGCAAGCACACCUGAUUGGUAACUUAUUCCUGGAAUUCCAAGAGGAGUUUGAACAAGUCUAUAAAGUCUACUGUGUCAACUAUGACCAGGCCCUGCUGCUGGUCAAGGCAUACCAGAAGGAGCCAGAACUGCAGAAGGAAAUCCAGGGCAUCAUCGCAGCUGCAGUGCCACAAGCUGGACCUUCGGGUCUCAGUUUCUUACUUGUAAUCCCUCUGCAGAGGAUUACCAAGUACCCCCUCCUGCUGCAGAAAAUCCUGGAGAACACACCUGGGGAUGCCAGUGCCCACCCUGUCCUUCAGAGAGCCACCUCUGCCUUCCAGGAUGUGAACAGCAAUAUCAACGAACAGAAGAUGCGUAAGGAAGUGGCCUUAAAGUAUACCAAAGUGGAGCAGCUGAGCCUUCGGGAGCGGCUGGCCCGCAUCAACACACAUACUCUUUCCAAGAAGACCACCAGACUGAGCCAGCUGCUGAAGCAGGAGGCGGGGCUAGUAGCCAGGACAGAAGACAAGGAAUUUGAUGACUUGGAGGAAAGAUUCCAGUGGGUGUCUUUGUGUGUGUUGGACCUGAAAAGCAAUGUGGCAGCUUACAUGGAUAAUCUGGAGGCUUUCCUCUGCUUCCGGCCACAUGAACAGAGUCUGGAUAUCCCCGGGGGACCUGCAGAACAGUACUGCAGCCUAGCGAGGGACCUUCAGCUCCAGGCCUUCCUGCAGUUUAAGCAGCGGUUGAAAGGCCUGGUGUGGCAACCAUUGUGCAGUCUGGCCGGAGCCCUGCUUGGCCCUCAGAACUUGAUCAAGAAGCGUCUGGACAAACUCCUGGACUUCGAGCGAGUAGAAGAGAAACUCUUGGAUGUGGGCAGUGUGACCUACGAGGAGGAGGCGGCCCGGCACACGUACCAGGCCCUUAACUCCUUGCUGGUGGCUGAGCUUCCACAGUUUAACCAACUAGUCAUGGACUGGCUGGGCCAGAUCCUUUGCACGUUUGUGGUCCUCCAGAGAGACCUCGCCGAUCAAGUGCUACGAAGGGCAGAGAGCAGCAUGGCUCUGCUGCCUCAUUACCACAUCUCAGAGCCGGACUUCCAGAAGCUUCUGGAGCACACACUAGGCCAGAGCAGUAGCCAGCUCCGCCUCUUUCAGGAGAGCUUUGAGAAGGUGCUUCCACCGUCCACCACUCAGCCACUCCUUCCAGGGUCUGAACACCAGAUGCAGGCUCUCCUUACCAGAUAUGGCCCUGGGAAGCUAUACCAGGUGACAAGCAACAUCAAAGGGACUGGGACUCUGGACCUGACACUGCUGCAGGGCCAAAUUGUGGCCCUUCUACAAAACAAGGAUACCAAAGGCAACAACAGCCGCUGGCUGGUAGACACAGGGAGACACCGGGGGUAUGUGCCAGCUGGAAAACUUCAGUUAUACCACCCCAUCAUUCCCAGCGAGAAGGAGCUCAGAGGCCAGACAGAGAUGCAUGAAGACUAUUGGCUUCCAACCCCAGAGCCCACCCAACCCUCUGUCCCCACUGUCCCAACCAUGAGCCAGGUGGUAGCAGUGUACCCUUUUGUGGCCAGGAGCACCCACGAGCUGAGUCUACAGGCAGGCCAGCCUGUGACCAUCCUAGAAGCCCAAGACAAGAAGGGGAACCCAGAAUGGAGCCUGGUGGAAGCAAAUGGACAGAGGGGAUAUGUGCCUUCCAACUUUCUGGCCAGGACCUCGAGCCCAACUCCCUGGGGCUGGAAUCUUCCCUCUUAGCAUGCCCUCUUUGGAACCCCCAUUCCUAAAGGCAGAGGCUUAAAGAGUGUGUGACCUAGAGGGCCUGGCGUAAAGCACAGUGGGAAUGGGAGAGGUGUGAAGGGCCCCCAGAAGGCAGCAGGAAGUUGUGACUAGGCCUUCCAGAAUGCCUGGCGUGGGAGGCCACAGUGGGUGGUUCAGUAGUGCCACUCUGGUCUGCAUAAAGAAGCCAUGUCAAGGCCACAGCCGAUUAUCUAGGGCUUGCCACAGCUCGAAGCUCAUCCUACCUCUUGUCCCUUUUCAUGUCUAGGAUGAAUGUUGCCUGUGUUAGUUGCAGGUGGGGCAUCUCUGAAGAAGACCAGACCUGCCCGUCUUAGUAGUACACUUCCCACAGCGUUGCCAAGAAACACCAUGGCUCACCAGUCUUCUUUUCUUUCUUACUGCCUUGAGUUGAGUUACUGUGAACAGUGAACUACUGGGGAGUCCUGCUCAAGGGGAAGCCAUGGGCCUAGGUUCUGAGGAGAUUCUCUUCUGGGUCUGGGAAUGGGUGUGGUCUCUGCAUAAAUCUAGACUGUAUGUACAAACUCAGAGGUGGUUCCAGGGAAGAGGGGAAUUUGAAGGUGGAUUAUCGGGUGUGUGAGGCUGAUUGCAAUGGUAUACAUCUGGUGUUUUCUUCAGACUAGGUGACAAAGGAACUUGGCAGUCAGUGCUAGUGGAGCUCUGUGAGACCAGUGACUACUGGCCUGGUGAGCUGGGUAAGUGAGAGAUAGUGUGAUUUCCUGGUUCUGGGUAGAAGAACCAGGGGAACACAGGUGGCCUAGGUUUACUUCUGAGGCCAUGGAGGCUGCAGGGAGCUGAGGAUUUAACAGACACAUUUUGAGACAUGUCCUGUUAGGGGAUUUUGUUUUGUGUAAAUAUCAUGGAGUGUGCAAACUAACAAGGUUAUGACAUCACUAGGCAAUAUAAUCUCAUGGGACUAUGAUAUACACACAGCCAUUGUCUGUAGCUGGCUGUUGCAUGACACAUGACAUUGAAUACAAUCUAGGUAGCCAAAGUCCCAAUGCCUAGUGCUUGGUGAGCAAGUUAUUUCUCAAAUCUGGAAACAGAAACCCCUCAAAGCAGACCCUGUUCCAGGAUGACAGGCUCACGGGAGGCAGUGUUGGGUGUAUUCACUAUUGGGCAAUGUUCCUUGGCCGUUGCUUUAGGUCAAGAGUCAUUGGAAGAUGCCAAGACAGUGAAAAGGGUGAUCCAUUCUGACCUCUAUUCUGACACAUUUGGAAUUGACCCUCUUGAGGGAGAGAGCGUAUAACAGGUGGCUAUUUCAGUGUGUUCAAGACUACAUCUGUUUUUCCAACUCAAGUGCCUGUUUGUUAACUUUGGCUUCUGAAGGGCUCUUGAGAAAGACAUCCUUGUCUAUGUCAGACAGUCUGUAAUGAGCCUCCUCUGGGUUUGUUAAAGCACCAACACUGUAUGACGCAAGAGCAAGACUCCCUAGCUCCUUACCCAACCUCAGGUCCUCUGGCAAGAUGUUCACAGCUCACUUUCCUAUCUGUUUCCUUCUCAGGCUUCAGACCAAAAUAGGAAGCAUAGACACACAGAUGCCAAAGCGGGAGCUGUACCUGCAGCUUCUGUAGGUUUUUACUGACAGCUCACUGUGAAGUUGAGACUCUAGCUUGGGGUUCUUAGCAUGGCUGUUCACUGCUGCAAUUACCCAGGUAGCUCUAAAGUGCAGCAAACCAGGAGCCCACCCAAAGAGAGCCGAUGCCAUUGAUCUGGGCAUGGUCAUGGCCUUGGGCUUCAGGAAGCUAACCAGGUGAAUCUCACAUGCAGCCACGUUGAGGACCUCUGCCCUAGAGGUAAACAGCUAGACCUGGUCAGAGGUGGGAAAGGAUAAGUUAAGUUGUGCCCUCCCCGAGCUUUGCACUGGCUAACUAACUGCAUCUAAGCAGGAGGCUUUAGAAGCAGCUUGGAGUAGGACAGCCUGUUCUGUCAGGUCCCAGAAUAUAUAUUUAUUAAGUGCCAUUAAAGGAGACCUGAACAAAAUAGGAUGUUCUUGUAGGCAUAAAGGAGAAAAAUUAAAUAUACUUUGAACCAAGGCUAUCUCAUGAAGGAGAAAUAAAAAUGUAUUCAGUACAUGUGGGUUAUAGUUUCUUAGACCAGGGGGUGAGAUUAAAAUCACUGGAGAGUGAGAGAAAGUGUA